UGUUUUUCAGGGAAAGAAGCCCAGAAAGGGUCUCUGCUUUUUGACGAUCUUCCGCCUGUCAGUAGUACUGACUCAGGGAAAGGCGGACCUUUGCUUUUUGAUGAUCUCCCACCAGCCAGCAGUGGUGACUCAGCUUUCUGCACCACUGAGCAGGUCUCAGUAGGGAGUCAUGGAAAAGGCAAGAAGAGGAAAUCCUCAGAGGAAGAGAAGAAUGGCAGUGAAGAACUUGUGGAAAAGAAAGUUUGUAAAGGAUCUGCUGGCAUUUUUGCACUGAAAGGUUACGUAGCCGAGAGGAAAGGUGAACGAGAAGAAAUGCAGGAUGCCCAUGUCAUCCUGAAUGAUAUCACAGAGGAGUGCCGACCCCUUCCUUCUCAAGUGACCCGUGUCUCAUACUUUGCUGUUUUUGAUGGCCACGGGGGAGUUCGAGCCUCAAAAUUUGCAGCACAGAAUCUCCACCAAAACCUGAUUAAGAAACUUCCAAAAGGAGAGGUGGUCAGUGUGGAGAAAACCGUGAGGAGAUGUCUUCUGGAUACCUUCAAGCACACCGAUGAGGAAUUCCUAAAGCAGGCCUCCAGCCAGAAACCUGCUUGGAAGGAUGGCUCCACAGCAACCUGUGUCCUGGCUGUAGAUAACAUUCUCUACAUUGCCAGCCUUGGAGACAGCCGGGCGAUUCUGUGUCGUUACAAUGAAGAGAGUCAGAAACACUCAGCCUUAAGUCUCAGUAAAGAGCACAACCCUACACAGUAUGAAGAGCGAAUGCGGAUACAGAAGGCUGGAGGAAAUGUCAGGGAUGGGCGAGUACUAGGUGUGCUGGAGGUUUCCCGCUCCAUCGGUGAUGGACAGUACAAGCGCUGUGGGGUCAUCUCUGUGCCAGAUAUCAAACGCUGCCAACUCUCAUACAAUGACAGGUUCAUCCUGAUUGCCUGUGAUGGUCUCUUCAAGGUCUUCACACCAGAAGAAGCUGUGAAUUUCAUCUUGUCUUGCCUGGAGGACAAGAACAUCCAAAUGCGAGAAGGGAAGCUAGAAGUCGAUGCCAGAUAUGAAGCCGCCUGUAACAGGCUGGCCAACAAAGCAGUGCAGCGAGGUUCAGCAGAUAACGUCACAGUAAUGGUGGUCCGGAUUGAGCACUGAAGGAAAAACUUGGUACAAGUGGCGUCCAAAGCUGCAUGCCGUGGAUUUAAAAAAAACAACAAAAGUCAGUGUGUGUGCGUGUGUGAGUGUAUGUGGGUAUCCCCACUGGAUACUCAUCAUUGUAAAUAAAGUUUUUUCUAAUAG